GUUCGUGUAGACUUUGUACGACGACCUGGAAUACAUAUAAGGACAUCGUUGACGCAAUCACACACAUCACGAGCAAUGAACAUAUCACACGACAUCGCGUGAGCAAGCAGAAACACGGAGAGAGACAUGAAGUCGUGCUGCUUCGACCUCCUUUGUUAGUGUUGCACUGAUACUAGUAUGGGGUAUCAGCAGGCGAGGUGGGUCCCAUAUAGCGAUAGAUAACCAAUCGCCUCGAUCCUUAAAAACGUACCAAUUCCAAUGUCGCUCCUAGCCCCGAUACGUUUGAUUCAUCCUUAGGCGAAACAUGGCUUGCAAUACUUCACAGGACAAAAAGUAUGGAUAUGGUCUGCAAUAUGUGGCUGGUAAUGCUAUCGAAGCCAUGCACAAUCUCCAGCGGCCUCAUACACUUCCAAAUCCUAUCGGCAACGACUUGCCAGAUGACGAUGGGCGGCAAGCGAGUUAUUUCAGAAACCACCCCCAUGAGAACACUCCUGUGACCCCUCGCGACUGGCAUCGUCCUCCGACCCAAGAUGAGAUAAGAGCGAUCAACUCCGGCAAAGCUCUGUGUCCUUCGGUCGAUGUUUCUCAGAAUCUACAAGACAGUCAACCAAUGCUGUUACCGGGUGGGUACGCGGCCUCUGGUUCUCACUUUUCUAUGCAUGGAACAUUUGUCGGCCAGAAUGAUUACGGUCAAGUUCCACCUUCACAAAACCUAGACUAUGCCGAGUCCUACCCGUCCGCACCCGGAUUGGUCUCUCAGCCGAACACCUCUUACCAGCAAUCAGCCAACGGAGGAUACAACAAUGCCCCUUCUUACUCAACGAUCCCGUCUUCGUACGCUCCGUUUUCUGAGGUAGGGGCCCAUACACAUCAGCCUUUCAAUGACCCCAUCGCUCCUGGAUACGGAUCGCAGCACCCGCCUUCCUUAGUUGGGAAUGAACACGGGUCACAAUACCCGUCCUCAGUAUUUGCGACUGAAAACGGGGGGUGGCACCCGCCUUCGGUGAUUACGACUGGAGACGGGUCGCAGUACGGACCCUCAAGCAACGUCGGCACCCCUCCACAAGGUGGCUGGGGAUGGCCACAAGCAUCCGGCAACAUGUACACGCACGGUUCUUGAUGCGGAUUCACUCUUCCUGGGCGCGCUCAUGAGCUCUUAGACCGACAGUGA